AUGGCUGGUGUUAUUAAGGAUACCGUCAACAGCCUUCUCGAGAAGAUCCAGGGCACACCUGAGGAGACUCCUCGUGAGCCCUCCGCCGAGGAGUUCCAAGCACUCGUAGAGAAAUACAACAAGGCGGGACAAGGACAUGUCUUCGCUUUCGCUGAACAAUUACCCACCGUCGAGAAGUCCCGACUCUUCCACCAACUCUCCAACUUCGACCCUGCCCGAAUCAACGAACUGGCCGACAAGGCCCUCAACCCUCCCCCCCGCCGCAACGGGCCCACCUCCAUCAUCGACUCUAGUGCCGACGACAUCCAAAAAUGGUACGACUCUGGCUUGAAGAAGGUGGCCGAGAACAAGGUCGCUGUGGUGUUGAUGGCCGGUGGACAGGGAACCCGCCUCGGCAGCUCCGCUCCCAAGGGCUGCUUCGAUAUUGGUCUUCUCAGCGAGAAGUCCCUUUUCCAGCUGCAGGCUCAGCGCAUCGCCAAGCUCCAGUCCGUGGCUGGAGGCGGCAAGGUCACUAUUCCCUGGUACAUCAUGACCAGUGGACCUACACGCAAGCCCACAGAAGAGUUCUUCGAGAAGAACAACUACUUCGGUCUUGACAAGAGCAACGUCGUCAUUUUCGAGCAGGGCGUUCUGCCCUGCAUCUCCAACGACGGCAAGAUCCUUCUGGAGACCAAGGGUAAGGCCGCUGUCGCCCCCGACGGAAACGGCGGCAUCUACCAGGCCCUCGUGGUCUCGGGCGUGCGUGAGGACAUGCGCCGCCGUGGAAUUGAGCAUAUUCACCUCUACGGCGUUGACAACUGCCUCGUCAAGGUUGCUGACCCGGUCUUCAUUGGAUUCUCCGCGGCGCUGGACGUCGAUAUCGCGACCAAGGUCGUGCGCAAGCGCAAUGCCACCGAGUCUGUCGGUCUGAUCCUCCUGAAGAACGGCAAGCCCGAUGUUGUGGAGUACUCCGAAAUUGACAAGGAGACUGCUGAGGCUAAGGACGCCAAGCAACCCGAUGUGCUGAAGUACCGCGCCGCCAAUAUCGUUAACCACUACUACUCCUUCCGCUUCCUGGAGUCCAUUGAGACCUGGUCCCACCAGCUGCCUCACCACGUCGCGCGCAAGAAGAUUCCCUUCACAGAUGCCGAGACCGGUGACUUGGUCAAGCCCGAGAAGCCCAACGGUAUCAAGCUUGAGCAGUUUGUCUUCGAUGUCUUCCCCAUGACCCCGCUGGACAAGUUUGCCAGUAUUGAGGUUCGUCGUGAAGACGAGUUCUCACCACUGAAGAACGCCCGUGGUACCGGCGAGGAUGACCCUGAUACCAGCCGUGAUGACAUUAUGGCGCAGGGUCAGCGCUGGGUUGAGGCCGCUGGUGGUAUUGUUGUCACCGAGGGCGAUGCCAAGGGUGUUGAAGUUUCCCCUCUUAUCAGCUAUGCUGGUGAGAACCUGGAAUUCCUUAAGGGACGACAGAUUAAGGCUCCUGCUAUCCUGGAGCGUGAAGAGUAG